AUUCGAUGUGGAUGGUUUCCUUGGUUAUCUGUUAAUAUCUAGCUAAUGACUGAAUAUAUUAUAAGACUGCAUACAUUGAUGGCAGUUAAUUUACUUCUUGCCAUGCUAGCUGGUAGCCAAUGCUAGUUAGCUACUGCAGGUGAACGCUAGCAAGCGUCGGUUGCACAUUUCCGCGCCACAAAUUAACGGGCAAGGUAUCCCGUCAUGCCUCAUCACGUCACAUGACCGAACACAAAACAUGGACGCUUCCGAGUCUGCGAAGUGUGAGUGUGUUAUUAGCAACUCCGAAGUUCGCAAGCUUAUAUCUACGGGUAAAUUCGCGCUUUUGGUGCAACUUGGGCAGAAGUUCAAAAACAAUGCCGUUCCAUUGUAAAUCAAGCGAACACUGUAGGUUAUCUGGCUAAUCACAACUAUCGAACGUUAUCGAUGUGGAAAACGAAUGUUUGAUCUAGCUAGCUGCUACUAAUGGUACUGGUUUGACAGCGCUUUGUCAGAUAUCGACUAUCUAGCUAAACAUGCCACGGAAAAAGCGAACUCGGAGAAGAGAUACCGACGACGAUGGCAGUGCAUUUCCCAGCAAGAGAAGACACACAGAUAAUGACGAACUACUGAUCAUUUCUGACAGCGAAAAUGAGGAAGAGGAGCACAGACCAGCCGCCAGGGAAGGCCGUUUGCGUGGGAGAGAGACCAGAACACAGGCUAGAGUUUUGUGCCCAGACAGGGAUGUUGUUUCCGCAGAGCUGACGGAGGAGGAGAUGAUGGAGUUGGCGGUGCGGCUGAGUGAAAGGGAAGCUGGGAACGCUGCGCUCAGACGACAGCAGCAGGAAGAGGAGGACAUGAGGCUGGCCAUCGCUCAGAGUCUGCAUGCUAAUGGCAUGCAGGCUAACAGCGAGGACUGUGAGUCGUUGCCGUUGGUGAUGACCCCUGUCGGGGGGUCACAGCCCUUGGCUGGCCAGAGCCCCACCCCCGCUGCAGAAAGCCCUGCCUUCCCCCCCAGAAAGAAGCCCUUAUCUAUGAGUUUGAGCAAUAGGAAGAGAGACGUAUCCACAGAGGACCAGUUCACUAUGGCAACCGGAGUGGGCGUGGCUCAGAGAGGGAGGGUUAGCGACCCACCCAGCCAAUCAGCAGACCCGUCUGAGUCUCCGCCCAUCGGCACGGACACUCCCCUGUCAGCUCCUCCUGCCUCAGAGGCGGUCGGCCCGUCCCAGGGAGAGGCCCUGGGCUCAGACUCUGAGGGAGAAUCUCGGGGCUCCUCUGCGGGGGGCCCCUCCCAGGCGGGGGGCCCCUCCCACAGGCCCGUGCUCCGCAUAGAGAAGCUGAGCCAGGCCCUGGAGCAGGACUGCCGCUCCGCCGGGUUUGUGCUCUGCUCGCAGAGCGAUCCCGCCAAAUUACCUGCGUCCGGCGCGUCGCCGUCCUCCCCGCCGCCGAGCCCGGAGCCCCCCCAGAGCCCCACCUUCCCCCGCUCAGACCGAAGGGAGGACGGGCGGGGGCCCGGAGGGGCGCGGAACUCUCCGGAAACGGCCGCAGCCGCCUUGUGUGCGCCGCGUGGAGGUGAAGAGGCUUCUGUGCCCCCCCCUCACCGUAAAGGCCGACCCCCCGGGAGCCAGGGCUGCUCUGAACCAACACACAGAUCCCACCUGGAGCCUCUGGUUCCGAGGGGCGUAAUUCUGAAAGGCAAGCGCGAGGACGGGAGCAGAGAUCACGGUGGUUCUGAUCGGGAGCAGAGCCAGAGCUCGACGAGCAGCCAGCCCGCUCACGGCGUGUCCGAGCGCACCGCCGGAGGGACCCUGCAGGUGGCGCUGCAGCCUGGACAAGACUUCUCCACUCAGAUGACACUACACUGGGAAGACAACGAGGAUGAGGAAAGUCCUGUGGAGAAUGAAGAAUGCCCAAUUGUGGCUCAGACCCCCAGUCCUCCAAGAUCCCAGAGUGCAGUUUGUGAGCAGAGCAGUUACUCAGAAUCGGAAUCCCUCCUCAGAGAUGUACCCGGCUCUGUGCCCAGCCCGGUCUUCCCGCGGGACGCCUCCCGAAAUCCCGCGACCCCCCUCAGCGGCCUGGCCCCCCCCUCGGCUCCCAGGGCGGGUGUGAGCGGGGCCAGAGGCAUUCGGAGAAAGAUUACGUUCAGGAACAUGUACGCUCCCAUACCUGCGGUGCCUUCAGGACAGGGAGAGCCCUCCUGCAGCGGUGGGCGGGGCCCCGGAGCUAGCCCCUCCCUCCAGGCCCCGGCCCAGCCCCCUAAAGAGGAGCAGGGGGCGGGGCAAGUGCUGUAUUACUGGGGCGUGCCCUUCUGCCCCCGGGGGCAGAACCCGGACGACUACACUCAGGUGAUCCUCACCCAGCUGGAGGUGUACGAGAAGAGCCUGAAAUCUGCCCAGCGGGGGCUGCUCCGCAAGGCCGAGUGGGGGGAGCCCGUGCUCCCCGGACCCCUCAAACGGCCCUUCUGCCGCCGGGCCCGCCUCAAACGCUCCCGGCCUGCCCGGCCCCUGCGCAACGAGGAGGAGGAGGAGGAAGAGGAGGACCCAGGAGAGGCUGCGGAGGAGGAGGAGGAGGAGGAGAGGGGGGGAUCGCAGAAAGGCUCGGAGGCGGUUGGGGGAGACAGAGAGGGCGGGGCGCCGGACAGUGAAGCUCUGGAGACUCCGUCACAGACACUGCCAGAGGAGCCAAAAUCCUCGUUGGACUCUAACUUUGUGCCUGAAGAACCACCAGACAAAUUCAGACUUUUGAGGAGACGCGCUCUCAGGGACCGGAGUCCCCCUCAGCCCGAGACACAGCUGCUGGAGCACCAGGAGGAAGAGGAGGAGGAGGAGGGAAUGUGUCCAGAGACCCAGAUGAGCGAGGAGAACACGCAGGAUGUGAACAUGGAGAGCCCUGCUGCGAGUCAGCCCAGGCCGGAGUCUGAGGUGAUGGAGGUGGAGCAGGAGGAGGUGGAGGAGGUGCACAGCCAGCCCACAGAAGCAGCAGCAGGAGGAGAGGAGGCCACCAUGGAGGUGGAGGUGACGGAGCAGGAGGCGCAGGAUGCGCAGGGCCGCAGCGGGAGGGUGGAGUGUCCCAUCUGCAUGCACGGCUUCCCGCUGUCGCAGAUCGAGAUGCACGCUGCGUACUGCGACGGCAGCGCCGACACCGAGGAGAGCUGCUCACAGACGCAAGCUAUGGUUCUGCGGAAGAGCACCAGGAGGACUGAAGAGGCUGAAGAGGAUCGGCCCAGCACCAGACUUACCAGAGCACCACUGCAGGAGAAGUGCUUCCUGUGUCACGGGCUGUUCCCUGUGCCUGAGUACGACAGCCACGUGGAGGCCUGCAUCCAAAAGUCCACCCGCACCAAUCAGGGAGCGAAGAGCUUGCUGACAGCGUUGGACCGGUCGGAGCAGAAAGACUCUGAAGCUGGGCCAUCUCAUUCAUACAGAAGGAAAGAAAUCAGCGCGGAAUCGGGCGGCAGCAGAACCGCGGGCUUCUCCGUCAGCGACUCCCCGAUCAAGGCCUUCACGCCCAUCUCCGAGGCCACCGACUGCCUGGUGGACUUCAAGCGGCAGCUCUCCGCCAAGCCCAGCCAGAGGGCCGGCAGGAAGAGGAAGUUCCACCGGUAGCUCUUUCAAAACAGUACUGGCCAGCUUUUCCUCUUUCUUUUUUAGCAACUGCAAAAAUUUUAUAUGUCACAGUGUUUCAUACGUUUAUUUAAUAAUAUGCAAUUAAAUGAUUCCAGCAUUG